CAGAGUAACAAAAAAUGGACAGAAGAUGAGAGAAUGAAAAUGAAGAACUCGGCUCUACAGACUGAACUGAAGGGAGCAUUAAAAUCACUGGAACAUAAAGACCAACAGCUGGAGGAUUAUAAAAGACAAAUAAAGAAUAAAGAUACAGAACUGAGAAACAGAGAGAAAAUCAUCAAGGAGAAAGACGCACAACUCAAAGAUACAAAUACAACACUAGAGAAGACGAGUAAAGAGCUAGAGGAGAGAGACAGAGCUCUACAUGAGAGAGAUCAACAACUGAAACUGAAAGACACACAGAUACAGGAGAUGAAUAAUGAAACACUGGAAGAGAAGGACACACUGCUCAGAGUGGUGAAAGAAGAACUGGGAAAAACAAAUAGGACACUAUUGUUAUUAAAGGAGAAUCAGAUACAGUUGAAAGACAAAGAGAGACAACUGGAGAGUUUAAUGAAUGAACUGGAAUCCAGUAAAAACAAACUAACUGAACGAGACAAACAGCUUCAGGAGAAAGAAAGACUUCUAAAGGAGAAAACAAAGCAGCUGCAGGAACAGACAGAUCCAGAAUCAUCAGCCGCCAUCAGGAGAAGAAACAGCAAGGACGCGUUACAUCCAUAUAUGAGUGGAGAGACUCAGGACUCAGCAGCACCAAUCAGGAGAAGAAACAGUAUGGAGGGACGUCGUCCUACAUUGGAUGCAGAAUCGUGUAGUCUACAUUCUCCAGUGUCGGUUCCUGGGGCAGAACUGAGGCUGGUGCUGCUGGGGAGGACGGGGUCUGGGAAGAGUGCAGCAGAAAACACCAUCCUGAGCAGAGAGGAGAGGAACCAGGCUGCUACAUCUAGAGCUACAUCUACAUCCACCCAGCAGAGUGAGAGCACACAGGGGGAUGUGGCUGGGAGGAAGGUGACUGUGGUGGACACUCCUGACUGGUUCUCUCCUGGACUCUCUCUGGAGAAGCUGCAACAUGACGUGGGACUCUGUGUCCAGAAGUCUGCUCCAGGACCCCACGCCUUCCUCCUGGUCAUACCUGUAAAACAGCCUACAGGAGAGGAGAGUGAGAUGCUGGAGAAGAUAGAGGAGACUUUUGGAGAGAGAUUUUGGAAAAACACCAUGAUCAUAUUCAGUGUUACUGAUGAUCUUCAGAAGAAGAACAUUAAGAAGUUUAUUCAAUCAGGAGACCAGGAGGUCCAGAGACUUGUAGAGAAAUGUGGAAACAGGUUUCACUGUCUUAAUAUUAAGGAGAGAGGAGAUGGUUCUCAGGUCUCAGAGUUGCUAGAGAAGAUAGAGAAGAUGGUGGAAGGAAACAGAGAGAAAUUCUACAGCAGUGAGAUCUACCUGGAGACAGAAUCUCAGAUUAGAGCAAUGGAGACUAAGAUCCUGAAGAAAAGUGAAGAAAAAAGAAUGAGAGAGGAGAUGGAGGUAAAGGAAAAAAUGGAAAGGGAGGUGCAGCAAUCAUUGACAAAUAUAGAGGGAGUGAUCCAGGAGCAUGAAGGAGACAUCAGACAACUGAAUGAGCGAACAACUGAACUGGAGAGAAAGAUGAAAGAAGAGAGAGAUGAAGAGAAAAGGAAAGAACUUGAGAGGGAGCUGAAACAAGAGGUAGAGCGAAGGACAGAAAUGGAAGAAAAGGUGAAGAAACUAAAAGAAAAGAGAGAGAGGGAGAGGAGAGAGAUGGAGGAGAGGCACCAACAGGAGAUAGAGGAGAUCAGGGAGGUGUAUGAAGGAGAGGUCAGGAUGGAGACAGAGAGAAACCUCAUAAAGACCAUCCUGCCUGAACUCCAGAGAAACAUUUUGGCCUCGAAAACAAAGAUGCAGGAAGAGUUCAUCAGACAGAUGGAGGAGAAGAACAGAGAGCUUAAGACUCUUGAACAGAAACUUUUAGACCUCACAGAGACUCACAGUCUGUGUAAAGAGGUUUAUGGGAAAGCUGUGAGCAGCUCAGAGUCAGAGAGAGCAGCUGUAACAGAAGAAGUGUCGAAGGGAAUCUUUCAGACAUUGACCGACUAUAUUGUCACUGGAUAACAGAUGACAUUAUAACUUUAUAACAUUAUGAAGCCACAGACACUCACCCAGUCUGAAAUAAAGUCUUUCAGCCAGUGAUUGUGCACAGGGCUGAACUGGGAUAAAAAUAAAUCAGCCCUGGCCUUUUUGCUCCAGGCAGCUCAACACUACAGUAGAAGAAUUGGUCUAGACAGACACCACCCAUGUACAGUACAUGUCAGAAAAUUUAAAUAUCCUGAAAAAGAGUGGUUUUUGUUUGUUUGUUUUUGUGUUUGUUUGACUUACAGUCUGCUUUGAAGAGGUUUAUCAGAAAUCUGUGAGAAGCAACUCUGAGCCAAAAAGAGCAGCUGUAACCGGAGAGGCAUCAAAGGGAAUUUCUCUGAAAUUUAAAGAAUUUUUUCACUAAAUAACAGAGUUUAUAAAGUCUCAGACACUCACCCAGUCAGAAACUGAGCGUACAAUCCAGAGACAGUGGACAGAGCUGGACUGGGAUAAACAUCCAAUUACUUUAUUUA